AUGGACAGCGCGUUGGACUUCUCUAUGAAAAAGAGGCCGGUCGAGAAUAAGAAAAGCCAGAUUCGUGAGUGCCACUCUCAUCCUCAUUCUCUGCAAAGACUGGUUCAUCCGAACAGUUGGAAGGCUGCUAUCACUCCACCGUCGCCGUGCAUGCCUCACAGCCCUAUUCAAAAUUCGAAGACGUUGUUCGACAUGUUAAGGUAUGGUUCGAACGCGCUCGACGUCGUCACAAUGUCGACUACGCUGAACGGCAUGAUGCCUUCAUAUUCGCCGAUGAGCUCGCUGUCUAUUAGCCCUAGAGUACUAAAUGCUUCUUCGACCAUUAUGGGAGGUCCAAGUCUGAUGAAAGCCGCUGCGGAGUCCACUGUAUUUCCAACAACAUCUUUGGCCAUGUCGACUUUCCAUCACCGUCGCAGAUCGAACAGCGACAACACGAACAGCGGUGACAGCGAAACUGAAACUUCCUGCAAAAAACCAAAGUGCAUUCCAGAUGACAAGAAGGACAUCGCUUAUUGGGAACGCCGUCGAAAGAACAACGAAGCUGCCAAACGGUCCAGAGACACUCGCCGAGCAAAGGAGGAGGAAAUCGCAUUGCGGGCCGCUUACCUCGAGCAAGAAAACUUGAAACUUAAAGCACAGGUGAAUGUACUGAAGACGGAAACUGCACGAUUGCAUUGCAUGCUAUUCAGCCACGUGCAGACGGUUGUGUCCUGCUGA